AAAAACUUAAGUUUAGAUCGUUGUUGUAAUGAGGGCAAAAAGACAAAAAUGUGCACCAAAGAUUGCUACAAAGUGUUUGGGUAUUUUUUCGCUUUUAUGUGGAUCUCCAGCUGUUUCUACUAUACGCUGGAAACGAUUGAGCUGCUCAAAUUGAUGAACCUCCAAUGUUCCGAAGGUGAAAUCCCCGGUCCAGGCUCAGAUGGCCAACCUCAACCUCCUAAACCUCCGCCUGCGCCACCAAAGCCACCCCCACCACCUCCGCCACCACCACCACCACCCCCGUCCGACUCCCAUCUUCGGGUGUAUUUCGAUAGUUAUACGCUCACACAGGUUUGUGAAUUCUACGGUCAUCUGGCUGAUUUUAUGCCCUACCACUUGAUCACAACUCUCAUAAAGAUGGUGCCGGGAAUGCUGCUGGUAGUGGGCGUUUUUAGGGGCGACAUCACCCUUGUCAAAGUAUUUAUCUUCUAUGCUGUAUUGGAGGAAAUUUUUUUCGUUGCGGUUUUCUCGAAAAUUUUCACCCUCAUCAAUACGGAAGGAAAGAGAAGCCCCUGGAUGUUUUGGAUGAUAGUUUUCUCUUGUGUGAAACUUAUCGUUGGCAUUUGGAUUCUGCUGGGAGUAUAUGCAUCGGUUUAUGACUCUCCUAGAGCAAUACGAAGAUAUGUUUAAGGGUGAUUUCGGACAUUCACUAAGGAAUUUGAACGCAAAUUUGAUUCUUUGGAAAGAUGUUAUAAUAAUGAAUUUAUUUGCAUUUAAAUACAAAUUAACAACGGAACGUGUUAACAAACUGGUUUCUGCUAGUACAUGUAAAUGGAAAUAAAAGUAUAUACACCAUCGCAACGCUCUGGUUCCGGCUAUAUGAUACAGAGAUGUUAUUUACAAAAAAAAUAAGG